AUGAAUAUACUUCACCUUCAGCACAACUAUAACUGCACAUUUUCCACCACCACUUUCCCCAAAACAAUCCAUAGUACAAUGGUCGCCCCUGGUAGAGCCGGUGGUUCACAGGGUUCCUCCACCGGAGCCCCCGGUAUCCCAGUGCCCAUGCAAGAUACCCGAUCACACUACGAUCCCGCCACGACCGGGUACAAUCCUGCCACGGGCGCCUCAUACUCGAAGCCAUCGGCAGGCAAGCCACGCGAAGAGACUUACAAUCAGAAUGCGCCGUCGAACAGUUAUGAUCGCACGGCAGGACAAGACGAUCGCAUCCAGUAUGCGCCGAGUACGGUGCAGCGGGCUGAGAUGGAAGAGGCCGCUGCGACGUCCAAGAUGGAUAGAGCGUCGGAGUCACGGGCGACGAGGGCGAGUGAGGAUCUUGGGCGGAAGGUGAAGGGGGUCGGGGCGAGUGUUCAUGGAGCUGGAGAGUCAAUUAGAGGAGCUCUGAAUGCCGCUGUUGAUCGGGCAUUUGGAUCUGAUGAGAGUGCCGAGCGCAACGAAGAAAUUGCACGUCGAGGCGAGGGGGAGAUUCGGACUGGCGAGUUUUCGCAGGGCGAACCCCGGAUUCGCUAA